ACCACUACGGAUGCAAUAUACUUUUGGCCGCUACGCAUUUUGGCGCUAUUGCGCAGUUCUGUUUGGCGGAAAUCUCCAAAAAGUUUUUUCUUGGUGAACUCCAGCGGAGACAGCAGAUUGCCAUCGAUUCUUCAUUCAUUUCAGUUCAAGAUGCACAAGAACAUUGUUUUCUUCCCUGGGAGAAUCCGUGUUGUGUUCCGCAAGGGGCCGCGUGGAUUUCUCCUCCAGGAGCCGUCUGAUGAAGCCAGUCGAAUAAAAAAUAACCCGACUCUUCAGGUGAAGUCUGCGCCCCUGAAAGAGGAGCUUGUGCGGCAGAACGCUCUUGCUGUGGUGCGGCAGAGAGGAGGAGAUGCCUCAGACAGGACGGAGGUGCUGGGAGAGUACAUUCUUCAAUUUGGAAAGUACCAAGGGAAAUCUUUUAGGUGGCUUUUGGAGAAUGAUAUAGGGUACACAAUGUAUCUAAUUCAGAACCUCCAGAAGGAGCAGGCCUCGGGUGUUUUUAUGGCUGAGGGGCAUAAGAAGGACAGCCUACUUUCACUCUACGAUUAUGCUCUGAGUUUUCAAGAGAUCCAAUCUCUCCUCACCUAUGAAGCCAGUGGAGUGGGUGUCGCAGCAGCCUUGUCCGAAGAUGACCAGCUGGUUGGGUUUGGUUCUCGACCCAAGAGCACUUGGAGGGAGGUCUGGGAUACCAGAGCCGAUGGUUACGCGGCUUUCGUCAUGGGGCAGAGUUGCUUCCCAGGAACGCGCAUGCAUAAGCUGCAGCAGUACCUGCAGAAGAGGCAGCAGUCUGACACUGCUUCCACAUCAGCUGAGCAUGCCUCAAGGGUCCCAGCAAAACCCCUGAUGAUGGACGAAGAUGAGGACCUCGAGAAGGCAAUGCUGAGCAUCUCCCCUGCAAAGCUGCAAGUGCAGAGCUUUGCUGUGCCGGUAGUGGCUGCCACACCAGUAGGAUCACCAGGAGCAAAGACAGUUCCAUCUGCGGCGCUGUCCACACCCCUUCCUGAUGCGACUGCUGAACUGCAGUCAUCACCAGUUGAUGCACCGGUGAAGAGGAAGACGCCUGUUCCCCUUCCUUCAGAGCUGGCGUUUUUUGCAGAGAAGACAUCAGGUCCCCCGGUAGGAGAGAGGCCUGAGUCAUGUCCAGGACCCGCCACAAGCACUGCUCGCACCUCUGCGAGUAAAGCGCUCACUUUUGAGGACCAGGGUGAACGUGUUCCCUUAGGUCAGCCACCUAUACCUGUUGUGCUCUCUGGGAAAGAGGACACAAGCAGCUGGAGCUGCUCUCAUCAGCAGAGGCAGUGGAUGAGGACAGAGCUCCAGGAUCUCGGGCUGUGGCCUGGGUCUCGUCAAGUGCGUAACGUAGGGAACGCAAUUUCUCUGUGGCGCCUUCCUCCACAGGCGGAGCUCAUUGAUGUGCUGACGGAGCUCCCAUCCCCCAACUUCUUCCAGCUCCAUCCAUUUUUCAUUUGGAAGCCCGAGAGUCACAUCAUGGUCAGGUUGAGGAGCAACUACAUCCUGCCAUGUCUUCAUGGCUGUCCUCAUCCACAGGUGGUCUCUGCUGGUGUGGGCAGGCCUCGGGUGAUUGUUGGGACCAGUGGACAAUAUUACAUCAUGUCCUCCCGACUCUGCUGCAAGGCCUGCCGCAAGACCUGGUUUGCAGACAGUCCACGAUGGCUCGAGAAGCUGCCCAGGCGCUUUACCAACCUUCUGCCUGCAUUCCUGACCUACAAGAAGGCCAUCUGCAAAUCUGUGAUGGAUGAGCUCAGGCGCACAGGCAAGUCACCAACCGACAUGGCCAACCAGGUGAAUGAGCUCAUGCACCUCAAGUAUGAGCGAGCUCACCUGGCAUACCUGCAGGCCAUUGAGAAUGUCAGGGAUGCUGAGGCUGGCGUCUAUGGGCAGAAGACCAUCGGGCAGUUCCUGAGGAAGGACAGCAUGGCGCCUCAUGCUUUUGGGGCCUACGAUGAUGCCAAUGGCUGGUGUGGAGUCUCCGUGUCAGGUUUUUAUCUGACAGACUGUUUGCUUGAGGAGUUCCGGCGACAAGCGCCAGCCAUCACCUCUCUACUCCAGGGCACCUUUGGGCAGGUCUUCAGAUCAGACCACACCAGGAAGGUUGCGAGGAAGGUCACGUUGGCAUCUGGGGUCAUGUCCAGUUAUGCCAUCAUGAAUGAAAACUGGAUGAUUGUUUCCUGGGUGAUGGUUCAGUCUGAGACUGAGAGGUCCUUGGAGCCGAUGUACCAGGGAAUGGCCAAGAGGUACAUCGCUGCUGGAGUGGAGAAGGCUGGCUACCACUGGAUGGACAGGGAUUGCUGUGCAGCAUUCAAGAUCCCGGACUGCAUCCCUGGUGAGGAAUUGCACUGGGACGCCUGGAAGACUACCCCUUCCAUCAUCACUCAGGCCACCUCCGGACAGCUGGAGAACACCUGUGCCUCACGGUGCUUUUACAACAGCAACAUCAUUGUAAAGCUGGACUUGUUCCACUGCUUGAGGCGUUUUUCACGUGAGUGCACAUCUGAGCAUCACCCUCUGUACAGCACUUUCUGCCAGCUCCUCUCUGCUGCCUUCUUUGUGGUUGAUCAGGACGACUUCAAGAGGCUUGAGGCUGCAUAUGCUUUCUGUGGGAUCCAUCCAGCCAAUCCCACAAAACAACACACCAGAGAGCAUUGCAGGACCAAGAUCCCUCAACCCACAGAGCUGCUGGUCAGAGUGGAAAAAGUGCUGAGUCAUUUUCAUCUCGCCACAGACCCUAACAACGUCCCACUCUUCAAAUCCUCCAUGCUGAAGACGUGGCGCAUACAGAGGGUGCACAUUCUCCGCGGCUGCCUCAGUGACCCUGAACUCUCUGCAGGCAUUAUGUACAGGUACGGCGGGACUCUGCAGCUGAACCAUGUACCUGGUGAAGGCGCCAAAGUCCCCAUAUGGAUCCCUGUCAGAGGUACCUCACAGCAGGAGGGGUAUCAUUUCCACCAGGCCCAGUGGAUUACCGGGACCCACGUCUCAUCCGAAUUAUUUCAGGCUCAGGGCAUGACAGGGGUGGCACGCUGGAACUUCCAACGGCUAGUGGACCUGAAACAGCCCGGUGUCCUCCUUCCUGCUGUGUUCGAUCCAGCUUUAAUGGUUGAGCUGAACUCUGUCUCCAGGAAAGUGACGGGUCAAGAAAAGUACCCUGCACUUCAUCUCUCUGACAGAGACACUGGAGAGAGGUUUGGUCUGGAGUACACAGAGCCAGGCUGCCGUCCAGUUCCUCUUGACUGGGAUAAGCACAGAACCCAGAAGAGAGAGGUAUCACCUGCCUCUGUGCCUCCGACCCCUGUGCACACACCGGCUCCAGCCCCGUCUCCAGCUCCAGACACAGCACCCUCCAUCAGCUGGGCUCCACCCUCUGGCAUGGUAUCCACUGGACCAGAACCAUCUGCUGGCCCGUCAGAGGACGACCAGGAGCCUACAGCAUCGAUGGAUAUCUCAUAUGCCCUGCCCCUGCCACUGAGAUCGUCACCGAGAAGUGCCCGCACUGGGACCAUUAAGACGGGUGGACGGGUAUUUGUGUUGGACCACACACGCUGGACACCUCCCAUGAAAGUUGCCAUCGACAGCUUGCUACAGAAGCACCAUGGUGAGAAGGAUAUGUUGAAGGUUGUGGACAAGGAAUAUGCAGACAUGGUCCAUCGGUCUGCUGCAGAUCCUAACAGCCUGCUACACCCCACAACCAGGUUGCACAUAUCCCGCUAUGUGAAGCACCUGGCAAAGCUUCUCAACACCAGUUCGGCUUUGAACACCAGCCAGGAAAGGCUUCUGGAGACACAGCAGCUGUGGCAUUCUUUGACAGAGGGCGGUGACACGGCCAGCGUCCCUGUGGUCACCUUGGAGCCUGCCAUCUUCAAUCCUCCUGCACCUGCUCUGUCCACACCUCUGACACAGGACUCCAUUGUGAAAAUUGUGGAGGCCAUUUUGGAGAAGCAGCAGCCACAGCAGCAGCCACAGCCACCACAGAGCAUAAAAAAGGCAGACCAAGACCUGUCUUGGCUGUGGACAGCCUAA